AGCAAGUAAAUUAAACAACACAGAAAAUAAAAAUCUAAAAUGCUUUUGUUCUUCAACUUUACAAGCUGCUCUCUUUCAAUGGCCUCUGCUCUGUCCUCACCGCCCUUAACUUCCUUCAGAGCCACACCAAGGCCAGGAAAAUGCAUGCGGAAUCAUAACAAUCAAAGCCAGCGUCAACAUGACGGGUUCCAACGAUCAACAGCUACCGAAUUUCGCAAUCUGAAAGCUAAGGCCGCAAAAAGUAAUCGGAACACCAAACCGAAUAGCGUGAUUUGUGGUGAUUGUGACGGAAAUGGUGCAGUUCUAUGCUCGCAAUGCAAAGGUAGUGGAGUCAAUUCUGUUGAUCUUUUCAAUGGACAGUUUAAAGCUGGUGACUCAUGUUGGCUUUGCGGAGGGAAAAAUGAGAUGUUAUGUGGAAAUUGCAAUGGAGCUGGUUUUGUUGGAGGUUUCUUGAGCACUUAUGAUGAAUAGAAGUUGCGUGCUAUGGAUGAAGCAGCGGGAGUGCUCCUCCACAGUAUCCUCAGAGCAUGGUUAUAUUUUUUCACAUAUGCAUUAACGUAGCCAUUUAUUGGGGCAUGUAUGUUAAGAAGUAACUUUGUGCAAAAGCAUGCAACAGAAAAUGAUAGUUCCCCCCUAUCCAUCCCUGUCAAAGUUAGCCUACUUAAUUGCUGUGAAAGGUAGAUUUCGAUUUGUUGUUUCAGUCAUCUGUAUUACAUAAUCAGCCUAUUUGUUUAGGGUAGGAGACAGAGGAUUCUGCAGGCUGCACUGGCAGUACUUCAAAUUUGUAAAAAUGAUUCUGUUUAAUAUUGAUCCAAAAAUUAAAAAUUGGUUUGGAUUUUUCAUUUC